AUGACUUCAAUUGUGUUGAAGGUUUUGUCAAUAACUCUUGGAUUGUUCUUUAUAUUUGUUGGCACCAUCAAAUUAACACCGUCUGUAAAUGCUGAAAUAUACAAAGACAUGAGAAAAACAUACAUAAGAAAUUCAAAAGUUUUUCCACUGGUGAAGCAAACAGGGUGGAAACCAAACCCACAUACUUACAGAAAGGCAAUUGGUACUGCAGAAGUCAUUGGUGGUAUAUUCAUGGCUUUUCUUCCUAGAAGUCCCUUUAAAGAAGUUGCCAACUUAAUACUGUUGGGAAUAACAUUAAAUGAUGUGUAUGCUCAUUAUGCUUUAGAUGAAGGAUUAGAGAAGAUGAGCCCAGCAAUUGUGUUUGCCCUCUUAUUAACUUGUCGUUUUAUAAUCUUCCUACAAAGUUUAGCCUCAGAACCAAAAUCAGUAUUUGAUAAAAAAGACAAGCUUGAUGUGAAAAAAUCAACUCCAGUGAAUACAGAAGUUAAAAAAGAUCAGUAA